GAUUUUGGUAAAAGUCAGACGUGUAUCUUCCCGUCAGGCGGAAGUCGAGAUGCAAAACAAGUGAAUCAUGAACACACGCAUGAUCCGUCGCUCGGUGGAAACUUGUCACAGCGGGACUAUUCACUAAUGAAUUUAAACGAGGAUGUCGUCCGCCUACAUGUUACACUUGGAGGAGCAACAGCAGAGUCCAGAGAUGGACGGUGAGACCGGUCUCAUGUCCAUCGACCAGGGAGGAGAGUGGGACAUAAGCCUGUUCGAUGAGCUUGACAACCUGGAAGAUGCAGUCGACCUGCUUGAGGCCUUGCAGAACCCUGGCUAUGCCAACGUGGGUCCCGAUCUGGACUUUGAUAUUGAUAUACCUCUGUGGAAUGAAGUGGACACAAGCAGCAUCUACACAGAUGGUGAGGUGAGUGUGGACUCUCUGUCACCUGCCCACACUCUGAGCUCUGUCCCCUCUCCUGGCUCUGUGGAGGCUCUGUCCCCGUACUCCCUACAAGAUGAGGCCCUGUCGCUACAGUCGCAACACUCUCCUGUUUCAGUCUGCUCAGAGUCCAGUGGAUUUUAUGAAAUCCCUACCCCAGCCAAGACAGCUCCAAAGAGGACCAGCCAGACCCCACGAGCCAAAGCAGCUCAGUCCAUCAAGAGGCCGAUUAAGAUCGAACCAAAAGUUUCCAUCCAGCCGAGGCCGCUGAUCACAGCUGUGCCACUCGCUCAGGCAGGAGCUUCCCUGCAGGCCAAGACGAUCAUCAUCCAGCCCCUGCAGACCACUGUGCUGCCUGUGGUCAAACCAGUUCCAAUCAACAUCCAGCCAGCGCCCCCUCCAGGUCGUCCUAUCGUGCUGUCUCAGCCAAGCCAAGUGCUACACAUCCAGACACCACAGGCCGUCACAAGCAAUGUGGUCACCAUGCCAACGCUCAGCCAGGACAGGCCUGUCUCCGUCACACUCCGAACCUCUUCCUCAGAUGAUGAUUCAAAGUUGUCCCAGAGACAGCAGCGCAUGAUAAAGAAUCGCGAGUCAGCAUCCCUGUCUCGGAAGAAAAAGAAAGAGUACCUGCUCACGCUGGAGGGCCGCCUGAAAGUGGCGCUGUCCGAGAACCAGGUGCUCAAGUGUGAGAAUGGCAACCUGAAGAGACAGCUGGAAGGCCUGCUGAGUGAGAACACAGGACUUAAGACAACAGCUCCCAAGAGGAGAGCCGUGUGUCUCAUGGUGGUUUUGGUGUUCCUCGUGCUUAAUGUUGGACCAAUGAGUUUGUUCCAGGGUGGUCCGGGCUCCAAGCUCCAAGUUGUUUCCAUGCAGAACAGCGGCCGACACCUGCUGGGUUUCUCCUCGGAGGCGGAGACGAUCGUCGAGGACAGCAGCCUCUCUGGGACGGGCCACAGCUCUGAAGGUAAGGCCCUGAUGUUGGUUAAGGAUCCCCUCUAUCGCAGACCCCCCCCGCCCUGCCAGCCUCCUCUUAACAGGACCAAGUGCAAAGAGUUGGCCCAUGAGCUGAGGGGUUGGGUCCACCGUCAUGAAGUGCAGCAAACCAAAUCCAGGCGCAUGAGUAACGGCAAUCACAAACCCACCAGGACCAUUCUGAAAACAGAGAAUAAGGAGGCUGCCCAGAUUGUGACCGUUCAAUACACGGAAACUACUGAGGAAAAGAGCCCAGGCAGUGAGCUGCAGGUCUACUACGCCCCUCACCACACCUACAGUGACUUCUUUGACGAGAUCAACCGCCGGGGCGACACUUUCUACGUGGUGUCUUUCCGCAGGGAUCAUCUUCUACUUCCUGCCACCAACCACAAUAAAGGGAGGCGACCCAAGAUGUCUGUGGUGUUGCCAGCCAUGAACAUUAACGACAGCGUCAUCGGGGACAAAGAGUUCCAGGUAAUGAUGCAGAUCGACUGCGAGGUAACGGACACGAGGAUCCUCCACAUCAGGUCUUCAACCAUCCCGCCUCUGCUCCGGGUCAACCGCACAGACACGUUUUACCAUCACCCCCCGACCAACAACCAGGCCACGCCUCCUGUCGGCGUGCUCAUGGGGUCUGCCUAGGACCACCAUCAGCUCCUGCGUUAUUCAGAACAAUUCAUCAAAAAUUCUGAAACACAAGACACAACCUCAGUUUUUGGUUGAUGGAUAUUUUUUUAAGAAUUCUGGUGCGUUACCACUGACUUUAUGUUUGUGAUGUGGAUGUGAAUGAAAGUGCUCUGCAGAAAUCCCUCAUCGUAAGGUAGCUUGUCCGCAGCGGUCAGCCACUUUAUUUGAACUGGUAUCCAGAGGUAGUCUGUAAUAGGGUCCAAGCAGACGCUCGCCCCGCGUGCAGCAAAACGGACUUCUCCCCGUGACCCCCAGAUGUCUCGCACAAGGGGAAUUGCUUAGCGGCAGGGGGCAGAGCAUUGAACCUUGAGUCACCCCCAUCAUAACACAAAUACUUACCAUAGCAGCUCUUCUGAAGUCUGUUCUAGUUUCUCUCUCUUAGUUUCAGGACAGAGCAUAGAAAACACAUUGAUAUAAAGCAGGGGUUUACUUAGAAGGCAAGACCGCUCCUCUCUUUUUAACAGCGUAUCAAUGAAGAAUCCCACUUUUCAAUUUUGGAGUCUUUGCACUGUGCUUCACUUAUACUGAUGAACAGAUUCAGAUACUAUAAAUAUUUAUUUCAUUAUUAUGUAACAGUAAUUGUCAACUUCUAUGGUGUGAUGCAAUUUGCUCAUUUCUGCUGUUAAAAGUUCCAGGAUUUAUUUAGAUUUUCUUUCUCAGUCUGAUUAACUGUGAGAAUAUUUUAUUCUAACUGAACACAGAAAACUGAAAGACAUAUUGUAAAUAAAACUAUAAAAAAGGUUGAAAUUAUACAUACAUUAAAUGUAGAUACAGGGAGAUUUUUUAAGUGUCAGCUGGAUGGACAUUCAGAAAUGAUUUCCUGAAAAUUUGAUGAUCCUCAAAUUUGAAAUUGCCACUAAAAAGCCAGCAUUUUUAUUAUUUUUAUUUAUAUUUUUUAUAAAUAACCACUAGUAAAAAAAAAACAAAGACUUUUCCAUCCAUGGGCUGAAUUGCAAUUUUAUUUGGUGCACUUGAUCCUAUAUUGAAAUUCCUAGUUUAAAAAUUGUGUGGGUAAUGGUAGAUUUUAGUAAGUAAUAAUUUCUAGUAUACAAUUGCACUGUUAAUGCAGCGCCUGGGGUUUUCAAUUCGGACAUUAAAUGCUUUAUUUUUUUAUAUGUCUGCCACCUUGUUUCAACUACCUUAAAAAUUGAAGUAGAUGAGAUAAUAAAGAAAUUCAAAUUAGUACAAAUAUCCCUGGUCAGUUUCUCUGUUUUGAUAAAACAACAUACUUUACUUCUGUGAGCAGAGUGUAUGUCUUUCAGCCACAGGAUUGUACAGAUGGUUAAGCUUUAGCUCAACAGAUGCCCAUAAAAAUUGUUCAAGAAAAAAAACUUGUAAUGUUUUAAGACCAGAUCUUCUGUGUGUGAUUUCUGUUUUUUCCCUUUUGGUUUUCAAUCGCUUUCAAUAUAUUUGAUUUUCCACUUUUGUUUUUACUGCAUCCAGACAGAACUAUAGGAGAAGACCAGCGUACAAUUCAAAAACUUGUGAGGUUUUGCUUUUUGUAUUCUAUUAUGUGUAUAAAUCAAAAUAAACACUGGAUUUUCUCUCACUAUA